AUGUUGUUCAAUGAAGAUCAAAAAAAUUUCAUGAGAGCAAGAUUUCAAGAGUUCAACUAUCCGACAACAAAACAAUGCGAGCUCUGGGGACAAGAAAUCCAGUUAACUGGCACCCAGGUGUGUAGCUUCAUCAUAAAAGAAAGAGCGUUCAGCAAACCGGGAUUUCGAGAACGGCAAAAUGAGAGGAAGCGAGAAAGGCGAAAAGGAGGACCAAAAGUAAGCCGGUUCAGAGCUCUUUCUCCUCCAGUUGAGAGAACGGAGCACCAGAAAAAAGUCGCGCUCAAAACAUUGAAAAAAAUCUAUCAAGAGACUGAUAGACCAACUUUGCCAAUGAAAAAACAAAUAGCGGAAGUUCUCCUCACAACUCCGAAAAAUAUCAAUAAAUUUUUUGAUUACCAUCGGAAUAAAGAACAAAACGAAGGAAAAUUCGUUAAGAUCGACAAAGAAAUUAGUAAAAAACUAGACGAAUUGUUCAAAAUAAAUCCGAAUCCAACGACAGAAAGGAAAAAAGAAAUUGCGGAGGCCAACAAGUUGAAACUACAAGCAGUUUCCCACUGGUUCAAAACCAAAAGGGAUCGACUAAAAAAUCCCGAGAAAUGGGAUAAAAUUAAUGAAAAGAAACGAAUUAUGGGACGUGAACAACGCAGGAAAAUGAAAGCUCAAAAUCAGAAAAAGAAACUGAUCAAAAAGAUGAAAACACUCCAAAAUCAUCAAGAAGAUCAAGAAGAAUUAUCCGGAAAUAAAGAUGGAAACUCCCAAGAAGUAAAGAAAAUGCCGAUGAAAAGAAAAAUAGCGGAAGUUCUACUCACAAAAAAUAAAACAAUUAAUCGAUUUCUGAAAUACCGACAAAAGAAAGAUCAAAACAAUGAAAAAUAUGUUAAGAUCAACAAAGAAAUCAGUAAAAAGUUAGAAGAAGAGUUUGAAAUCAACCCAAAUCCAACAACGGAAAGAAAAAAAGAAAUUGCGGAGGCCAACAAGUUGAAACUACAAUCAGUUUCCCACUGGUUCGUAACCAAAAGGGAUCGACUUAAAAAUCCCGAGAAAUGGGAUAAAAUUAAUGAAAAGAAACGAAUUAUGGGACGUGAACAACGCAGGAAAAUGAAAGCUCAAAAUCAGGCUCUUGGUUACUUCCGGAUGAGAAGAAAUAUGGACAGAAAAAGAAUAAAGAAGGUCCCUGAAGAGAAAGAUGUCCCAGAGUUUAAAGGAGUGUGGAUACGUCGACAGAAAGAACAGGUCAUCAACCAAGAAGAAGGCUAUGAUGAAUCAGAUGAAUCAGAUGACAAUUCAGAUGAUUCAGACGAUUCAGAAGACAUGGACAUGCACAAUUCUGGUUCAGAGAAUUUCGAUUCGGAUGAGUCUUUCACGAAUUCAGAUGAAUGGGACAGCGACGAUGAUGAUAAAGUCGAUGAAUUCGUGAAGAGGGAGCCUAAAGAAGAACCAGAAGAUGAGUGA